AUGUCGGUCGCAACAAUGCUGCAACCCACCUCCAGAGGCUCUGCCUCUACCGCAUCAUCCUUCGAGCCUGUCUCACGGACAAACACCUACUCCAGCCACGAUGGCGCUCGCUCCAUCCGCCAAAGCAAGAGAGUCAGCAUGACCGCCCUCUAUGUCUCGAUGAGCGCGAAAGACAAGGAUCUUGAAAUCAGUGAUGACCUGGCCAGAGCGCAAAGAACUCUAAGAGAUCUCAAAUCCAAGAUCUCUACGCAGUCGAAAAAGAACUUCGUCCUUGAGAAAGACGUUCGGUAUUUAGAUUCGAGAAUUGCCCUCCUCAUUCAAAACCGCAUGGCGCUGGAGGAGCAAAAUGAAGUUGCCAGCCGUCUCGAUGACGCUACCGAACUGCAAGAAGGCUCAUUUCCCAAUGACGAGAAGACGCAGAAAUACGGCAAUCUGUUCUUCAUGCUACAAUCGGAGCCCAAGCACAUCGCGCACCUAUGUCGACUCGUCACCAUGGCCGAGAUCGAUUCCCUCUUGCAGACUGUCAUGUUCACCAUAUAUGGUAACCAGUACGAAAGCCGCGAGGAGCAUUUACUGCUCACCAUGUUCCAGUCCGUGCUCACCCACCAGUUCGAGAACACACCCGAAUACUCUUCGCUUCUAAGACAGAACACGCCCGUCUCACGCAUGAUGACAACCUAUACAAGGCGAGGUCCUGGUCAGGGCUAUUUGAAGGAGGUGCUGGCCGAGAAAAUCAACAGUCUCACCGAGUUGGCUGACGUGGACCUCGAGAUCAACCCUCUCAAGGUAUACGAAACGAUGGUCAAGCAGAUCGAAGAUGACAGUGGAUCCUUGCCGGAAGACCUUCCUCGAUCCGUUACUGCUGAGUUCGCUGCUGAGAAUGCCCAAGUGCAAGCCAUUAUUGCCCCGCGUCUGAAGAUGCUCACCGAAAUCGCCGAAGGCUUUCUGUCGACCAUCAUGGAGGCUCUUGACGAGGUUCCAUAUGGCAUUCGCUGGAUCUGCAAACAGAUUCGCAACCUCUCACGCCGGAAGUACCCCGACGCUCAAGAUUCCGCCAUCUGCGUCCUCAUUGGUGGUUUUUUCUUCCUAAGAUUCAUCAACCCAGCCAUCGUCACGCCCAAGUCUUAUAUGCUCAUCGAAAGAGUGCCCGAAGAGAAGCCGAAAAGGACGCUGACCUAUAUUGCCAAGAUGUUGCAGAACCUUGCCAACAAACCUACAUAUGCCAAAGAGCCAUACAUGGCUAGGCUGCAGCCGUUCAUCCAAAGGAACAAGGACCGAGUCAACAAGUUCUUACUUGAUCUUUGCGAAGUGCAAGAUUUCUACGAGAGCCUCGAGAUGGACAACUACGUUGCACUCUCCAAGCGUGAUAUCGAGCUGCAGAUCAGCUUGAACGAAGUGUAUGCCACACAUGCCCUCCUCGAGAAACACGCAAAAGAACUUGCGACGGACCCCUCCUCGCACCUUGGAACCAUUCUCGCUGAAUUUGGGCCGGCCCCUCCACAGCUGCCUCGGAAAGAGAACAGGGCCAUCAAUCUACCUCUGUAUAGCAGGUGGGAGACGUCGUUUGAUGAGUUCACCCAGGCACUUGAUAUCACACAAGACGAAGUCUACUUCAUGGAGGCUAAGAGUUCCUUUGUGCAAAUCAUGCGAAGCCUGCCACAAAAUGCGUCGAUCAUGCGAAGGCCGCUCCGACUUGAAGCCGUCGCCAAAGCCGCGGGCCAAAUGAAAGAUCCCGUCAUGGUCCGGAAAGGCAUUCGCUGCAUGGAGCUCCUCAACUCCUUGCUCGAAAUGGGAGCAUUGGACAGAGCGGAUGAUUAUGCUGCGUUGCGAGAUGAAGUCGAGCAGGAGCUUGCACAUCUUGGAUCUCUCAAGGAAAAGGUGCAAGAAGAGACGAACAAGCUCGACGACGUGUACAAAACGAUCCGCGACCAUAACGCCUAUCUCUUGUCGCAACUGGACACUUACAAGAGCUACCUGCACAAUGUCCGAAGUCAGUCGGAGGGGACGAAACGCGGCAAAGAGGUCAAGGUGAAGGAGCUAGGGCCGUACAAAUUCACCCACGCCCAACUGGAGAAGGACGGAGUCAUCGUCAGGAGUAAUGUUCCGGAGAACCGAAGAUCGAAUAUCUUCUUCAUGUUCCGGAGCCCACUUGCUGGUACUUUCGUGAUCAGCCUACACUACAAAGGCCGGGCCCGAGGCUUGCUGGAACUCGAUCUGAAGCUCGACGACUUGCUCGAGAUGCAGAAAGAUGGUCAAGAAGACCUCGACCUCGAGUACGUUCAGUUUGACGUGUCCAAAGUACUGGCUCUUCUCAACAAGCGAUUCGCGCGAAAGAAGUAG